CUUCGUUUGAACUGUAUCGCACAGAACAACUGGAAGUUGCCAUAAGUUGCCAUACCAUACGUUGUAAAGGAAGCGGGCAAAAUCGAAAUGUUCUCCAAGGUGAAACUGCUCGUCUAUUGCUUUGUCGCGAAGACGUGCGCGCUCAAUCACCAUGACUCCGCAACUGGAUACCAGGGUCCCGGCUACAGCGGGUACGGUGGCUAUAACGCUCCUGUAGCAGGCACACCUUACCAAGGAUACGCUGGUUACUCGGCUCCACCGCAGCCGUACAGCUUUGGCUACGACACGGCUGACGAGUUCGGGAACCGGCAGUUCCGCAGCGAACAAGGUGACUCGAGCAACGUAAAGACUGGCUCGUACGGUUACACGGACGUCAACGGCCUCUACCGGCGCGUGAACUACAUCGCGGACGCCAACGGCUUCCGCGCCACUGUAGACACCAAUGAACCGGGCACCGCGCCCGGAGCCAGCGCCGACGUUGUGUUCAAUGCCGCACCCGUGGUCCUGCCCGUUCCUGCUGGGGCUGCAACACCUGCUGCGUACGGCGCCAGGGCAUCCGCUGGUUACAGCAACGCGUUGAGUGGCUAUGGUGGAAACGGAUACGGUCUUUACGGCCGCCGUGGUGCUGGAGCCGGGUUUGGUGGUUACGGGCGCUUCGGCUACGCCCCUAGUGGCCCGGCCCUUGGCGGUUAUGCUAGCGGCGGACAUACUCCUUCCGGCUACGGUUCUGCUGGCUACGCGGCAGGUCAGUACGGGCCAGCUGGCUAUGGCGGAUUGGCCGCUGGUCACCAUGGCUUCCGCCGUCGUAGAUAAAGGACGCAUCUAAAGCCUGUGAAGUUCUCAGUCGAAAAAGGGUGCUGCAGACCAAGGGGCCCAUG